AUGGAAUCGCAUCGCGCUCGAACACCCGCCGAUGGCCCAUUCAGUGCCAAAUCAAACACGAUGACUCGUGGUCGACCAACUGAAACAUUUCGUCAAGAUUCAAAUAUGGGAAUGAAUACGGUAAGGGCACCAUCAAUGGUGGAGGAUUUGUUGACGGCUAAUUCACGGCCUUUUAAUGCGGGUGAUGAAGUGGAAAGACCGCAUCACAGACGCAGACGACGUAAACGAAUUGAGGUGUGA